AUGGCGGACUAUUCCCAUUUUGGGAAUGGUUCCUAUGCGGAUAAAUCACUGGUAAAAGCUGCGGAAAUCUCGAGGGUUGUAAUGACGGCCCAAGGUCCACGAGAAAUGUUACCAAACAACGCGAAUGGUCUUCCAGCUCUGCCCAACGGCUCUACAUUUAAGAAAGGACAGCUUAGACAAGCGCCUUCUUAUCUCUUAGGAAAACCAUUACACGAUUUCGACGCGACGGGUAAUGGGGUAAGUGCGGAUUGUCUGUGAAGCUCAACCGAAGAUCAUCCACUUUUUGUUUUUAUAACUAAUCGGUGUGGUUAAGCUCACUGGUAAGUAGGUUACUGUUUUAAAUUUUUGCACUACAGUUGUGCCCCUAAAACCUGGACUUACGCGAUCAAAUUACGUUAAAGCCCGUGCAAACAUAAAAAGGAUUCAAAUUUGCCCCAUAUUUCAAACCCAUUUGAUUGUAUCUUGGUUUUAAUUACCAUUGUGGUAAAAAUGGAAUCCGUUAAUUUGUUGCGUAAGACUUGAUCAGGUCUUAAUUGAUCCAAAAAGAAAACUUCUCAGCAAAGUUGUUUAAUUUUCAGUAUUUGAAAAGCGUUUUUCGAUACUGCAAAUAUAAGCCUAUUUUACUAAAUUGUGGAACAAUAUUUUUACUUUGGCAAGUUGCUUGUUUUUUAGAGGUUUUUUUUCUUUGAGUAUUCUAGAAAAUUAAACAUAAACAUAGUCUAUUGAUCGUUGCCGGAAAUGUUUGUUUUCAAACAGUAGAGGAUCCACCGCGAAAACAUUCGCGAUUCUACACACCACAACACAAUGGUUUCACAUUUUUUCCCCUUAUUUAACAGACGGAAGAAUUCAGAAAAUAUUGUUAAAAAUUUUUGUUAAGAAAGUUUCUUUAAGUGAACGUUUGCGCAAUCGUAUGUUAUAAACUGAUAAUCAAAAAAAUGAUACGGUUAUUGAAAAGAUAGGUUUUGAAAAUGGACUUGAAAAAAAAAACGAUUACUGAUUCAAUUCAGUAAUAUGACAUAGAGCUUUUUUGCUCUUUCAUAAUCUAUGAAGUAAUAAUCAAGAAAAACAAAACUAAAGUUAUAAACUGUUGGCAAUGAUCCAGGUUAAUUACUUGGUUAUUAAAGAAUACCUUUGGUUUUUAAAUCAUUCAAGAAACAAUAAAUGGUCUGAUAGUUGUUAUAAUAUUUCAAAUUGUAUAUAAAAUGCUCAUGAACACUCGAGAAGAAGCAAACAGGAGGUCUAAGAGCAACAAGAGCAAUUUUUGAUCAAAGUUUCAUUUCAAGGAUCGAACUUCAAGGCGGCAUUUACCGGAAAAUGAUCCUCAAAUUUGACUUGAUUAACCAGUUUCUGGCUGUGAAUCUUUUAAGCAUUGACUGCUAAAGGAUGUGGUCUGUUAAAGGAUGUGAUCUGUAGACUGAAGGAACAUUCCUAAUUUGUAGAUGUAAUUAUUGUGUUCCACAUAUUUGUUUACCACGCGGUCUUAUCUCUGAUUUUUCCACUUUUAUCGACGCCCGCCUAACACAUAAACUUAUUAAACGCCCACGGCUCGUUUAAACUGGCUUUGACGAUUAAUUCCGAAGGGGUAUGGGGGAGGGGAAGGCGGGAGAGGGCAAAAGCCGAAAUUUCGGUGGGAUUAUGCGGCCCAUUUAUUGGAAAAAAAUCCCUGUAAGGCUUCGAAAACCACGAAGACCGGAUUCGAAACAGCAUAACAAUCGAACACACUCCCUCAUUAAUAGCUUGGCCAGAGGUGCGAUAACUUUUCCGAGACCUCUGCGGUUAUUCUAUUAGUGCUAUUUCAGGCAACUAUAGCUAUAAGCGGCUUUGUUGAGUGGAAAUUUCAGAAGAGCUGAACAUUUUAAAUUGAAUUAAACAGCUGUAAAUAAAAAAAUAUAUCCCACUUCCGGGCCGACUUGUCAAAUGAUUUAUGGCCCAUUUUCUCUAUAACAGCUCUUAAACCAUUGCCUUGAGGGCAUGAUACAUUUAUAUCACGGUAUCAUAAUCAAGAAACCUGGAUUUGGACAUAUCAUUCCCUUUGCUUUAACGUUAUCUUUUCGGUUUAGCACGCAAACGCCAAAAAUUGAACGAGGUCAAUUUUUGGCCAUCUCGACUUGACAGGUUUUUGUCAAUUUAAGUGAUUACACUAAUGAACUUUGAAAUCCAUUUUCGACCGUUGUAGUGGUUUCUUAUGUUUCGACUAUUUAACGAUGUAUUCAUGCUGCGUUUCAUUCAUUGUUUUAAAGUUACAGGAAAAUUAACUCAGUUUCUUGCCAAACUUAAAAACAAAGUCGCCGAUAAAUUACGAAGUAUGUUUACCAGCUUGCAAAAAACAUUCGCAUACUUAUUGGACUCACUUCAUCAUGCCCACGAAUAUUAUUUUUGUUGUUUUACUGAACCUAAGCUUUGCACGCAUUAUCACCAGGACCAGAAGCACGUACAUUAGCUGUAAAUCACUUUCAAGAGGAAAUCUAGAAAAUGCGAAGGCCUUCUAAUUCCGAUUCAAUUAAACUUAUAAUGAAUGGACUUAAAACCGCACUUACCAUAAUGACGUACACAUCCUUGACUGCCAACUGUGACGUCUAGCUAAAAUAUAAUAUUCGGCAGAAUUGUUCCAAACAAUAACAAAACAAACCAUAACAAUCUGAAAGGAAGGUGUUAAAUGAUUUUUUUUAUGAGCAGGAAGGAAAUAAAAACUAAGACCAUUAACAAAUCAAGUUUUAGUUUUUGAAAUCGAAUUGGAGAGUUAAAGAUUUUAUCUGCUAUAAAUGUCACUAUUAAAUGAGUCUGUUUUAAAAUGUCAAGGGGGUUGGGGGGGGGGGGAGAGGGUGAAGGGGAGAGGGGACGGGAAUAGGUGUGAUGAUAGGAAAUAAGUGUCUAUUUGAACUCCUUAACUUUCGAAUUCCCGAAGAAGCUGAAUUUGAAGACUGUAAAUCUUUCCACGAGUAAGUUAUGAAAAAUUAAAAUUUGCUUUUCUACAUCGUUGAGGGCAGAUAGCUUUCAUCUCAGAUAGUGGUAGCUGUUUUCGAGGUUUUAUCAAACAGUUAAAACUAUAUUAUUGAAAACCUUUGAUUGCAUUCCUCGUGACUGAUGAAUAAUAGUUUUCUUCAAUCUCACCUACAGUCGCCGGCUAAACCAUCCAAGGAAACGUUCCUGGUCCUUAGUCGCCGGUCGAAGAUGUCGAACGACCAAGCUUACAGAUUCAAUAUGUCUAAAUCGCUCUUCCUCUUUGAACCACUUCAUCCACUCAGACUGUUGGCCAUCAAGAUCAUCACUCAUCAGUAUCCUGUCAUUAAUUCUAACUUAUCAAAAACGUUUUCUCAGAUCUAUUUCAAUUUAGUGCCUUAAAAUCAAAGCCGAUGCUGUUAAAAUGCCCGGUCAAGAUCUGAAAACACAACCGAACACGACAUUCGCCCUGUUUUUUCCUAAACUGUACCUUACAGAUAUUUUGAAUUUUUUGUCAUUUUCAUUAUUCUGAUAAAUUGCAUCUGCCUGGCUUUAAACAACCCCCCAGAGGAAGCAGAGUAAGUACCUGUCUCAUUUCAGUUGUAAAUUAAACGAAUCAUGAAUUAGCUUGUAGUCUCCCUCUCAGUCGUUUCCGCCCGGCAUGUCAUGUAACAAUGUUACCUCAAAAAAGCACCGUUGUGUGAUUGUUGUUUGGAAAAAGCCCGGUAACUUUUGUGUCACGACUUUAGACAUAAAUGUUUCUAGUCUAUUUCGCAAGAAUAAGAAAAAAAACAGGAACAAAGGUCAUUUUUAAUAAAUAAUAAGACUAGUAAUGUCUGUAAGAUUUCUAGAACAGCUAUAUUCUGGCCAUCUUUGAUAAAAGCAGAGCUGAGUAUAUAUAAGUGAAAGAAUCAAAGAGGACGCAUCGAUUCUCUGUUACUCUGAGUUUCGCGCCUAAGCGCUCGUCAGACAGAACUUUCUCUUGAGAAAGAAGAGAACUUGAGAACUUUCUGUUGAGAAAGGAAUCAGUGAAAUGCUAUAAAAGCUAAUCAUGUGAUUUCUUUUAUUCCAGAUACAUAUUUACUUUCAUCUACACAUCGGAGAUGUUUCUUAAGAUCUUUUCUCGUGGGUUUGUCCUCCAUUCUUACGCGUAUCUGAGAAACCCUUGGAACUGUUUGGAUUUUACAGUGGUUAUACUUGGGUAAACUGUUAUAAAAAUUUGCAACUGCAGAAUGCUUACACUCUUGGAGAGCUGUUUGAAUUUUGAGUUUUUCUGAAAUAGCAGAAAAGUGUCUGCUCGUCCGUUUGACAAUUUUAAUUUUUUUUUCUAGAUAUGUAACGUUUUCACCGAAUGUCGCAAACUUUUCUGGAAUAAGAACUGUGCGUGUUUUAAGAGCGUUACGUACGAUAUCUGUUCUGAAAGGUGAGUCAACUUAUUUUUAAAUAUUCACGUGUAAGUUUACACGUAAAAUAAAAGUAUUUACCAUGGAACUCUCGCGAUGUGGUGCAGAGAGAGGAUUUUGUUCUACCUCUUCUUUUCGUCCGUCUAUCCGUGUGUCUGUCCGUUUAUCCGUGUGUCUGUCUGUCUGUCUGUUUAUCUGUCCAUCUGCCUGUUUGCCUAUCUGUCUAACUGUCCGUCCAUCAGUUUGCCUGCGUGUCUGUCUGUCUGGUUUUCCGCGUGUCUGUCCUGGGUGUCUGUGCAUGUGUGUCUCCGUCUGCUUACGUACUUUGUGUGCGUUUUUUGUGUCUGUCUGCCCUUUUGUCUACACGUUUGCUUCCGUCUGAUCAGCCGAAUGCGUUCACCACCUGUUUUAUCGUUUCUCGGAAGCACACUAUCCUAUUUUUUCUAGGUUUGAAGGCGAUGGUUAACACGUUACUUCGGUCAAUGAAAAUGCUGAAGGAUGUCCUUAUUCUAUUCGUCUUCUUUCUCGCUGUUAUGGCGCUUAUCGGCCUCCAGCUGUUUGUGGGUCACCUCAGAUACAAAUGCGUGCUCGACGACGAUUCGCUCAGCACCACAUACAGAGCAAAUAACGAAAGUAUGUUCUUAGUGUAAAACUUAUCGCGAGACAUUUUUUUUUGCUGAUGAUGAAACUUCCUUACUCUUCACUUCCUGAAUUUCAUUAGUAAAGAGGCGAAAGUUGGGGGAGUAAGACUCUCUCAGAACCAAAGACUCUCUAAGAACCAACCACAUUCAAAUGAUAAACAGCCACUGUGGCACAACACCUCUUCCGUCUCGACUGGACUUUCAUUCACAGCUAUCACAGCUGACUGACUUGAAGCAGAAUAUUUCUAAUACCCUUUGAUGCAGAAAAUACGAACAAGUCGGAGAAUUUUAAAUCUUCUACUUUAAUUUUUGUUCAGCUGUUCUUUUCGUUUACCAUUUCUUUUCUUCACCUUUUAUCUCCUCCUUGCUCUUCUUACUUCAUCUUCUGCGAUCUCUAUUUUUGCUCAGAUACUCCGGAUAUCAAAACCAAAAGUGUCCUGGCUGAGAUCUUACAUAGCUUUGUUUUUUUUUCGCAGGUUUUUGGAUUUACGAAGAGGGUAAACCAGUCAUCUGUGGAAAUGGGACAGCCGCGAGGUAUGGUAUUUAUUGAAUAAUGAAUCCAAAGGGUACGCCAUAGUGCACGGUAUAUAUUGUACCGAGUGAAUUUUGAUACUUGCUCAGCCCGGGCAUGGUUGGGAAAGGUGACUAGUGCCGCUGACCAAUAUUCUAACUCGAGCUAUGGAGCUCUCGAUGGUGUAUUAUAAAAGCCUUAUGGAGGGUUUUCAUUAUGCUAUGUUUACUCGGUGACCAAAAACUCCGUAGAAGUGUUGUCGGUAUGUUAAAUCGGUGUGAACCACAUGCGUUCACGAAGUUGUAAAGGUUGGUAAACACAGCUGUCAAUUGCAGGACAUGCACAAGGGGUCAAUUUUGAUCAGGCGUGCAACAAUUUUCCGUGCAAAAUUUCAAAGGAACUCAUAAGAAACAACCACCGUUCCCCAAAAUAUGCCUAUUCGCUAAAAAUAUAAUUGUUAAAAAAAAUACGUUCAAGGAAAAUAAAAGUCAGGGAAAAAAAAAAUUCGAGACUUGAAGUAAACAAAACUCAUUUGACUAUGAGUAUUCCGCUGAUUUACAACUGAUUUUGUUUUGAUCUUCACCAAAAACGUCACACAGUUUUCAAGCAUCGCAACUUACUCGCUCGUGUGGUUGCUCUAAAGAUAAUUUGGUCUUGACACCUUGAGAAUACGUUACCUAGUAACCUUAACUUCGAUUGCACAUGCGCUGAUGUUUUUGAUCUCUUUGUUAGGUUAGUGUGGUUGUUGAGUCUUUAUGAGUCUUCGUGCAUUAACUCUCCUUAGGACAUGCCCCACAAACUAUACGUGCUUGCCUGAUGCCGGGCCGAAUCCUGAUUUUGGUUACACGAACUUUGAUCACAUGGGAUGGUCUUUGGUAAUGUCAUUUCAGCUUCUGACGAUGGACUUCUGGGAAAAUAUCUACAACAAGGUUUGUUCAGCCCUUAGAAAAAUUUUGAUCGACUUUGCUUUAGUAUUUUAUGAAAAUUUUCAUAAUCAGUGCUAAUUUCCUUGCUUUUGGUGCAAAGGAUCUCGUAGGAAAUUGAGUAUGAGGCGCUGGUGCAUCAAUUUCUUGAGAUAGUAGUUAUAGCUGAUCAAACACAAACUAACAUCACAAGAAUUUUAUGGCAUACAGUAAGGCGAAUUACUGAUGAUUUCUUGGGAAUAAAAGGCUUAAUCGAUUCCUUUCAGAUUCUGGCAUCCAGUGGAAUCUGGUGCGUGUUCUACUUCCUUGGGGGCAUAUUUUUCUGCUCUUUUUACCUUUUAAAUCUCGUGCUGGCCGUGGUUGCUUUAUCUUACGAACUGGAGAUCAAAUCUAUCCACAAAGAGGUGAGUUCAAUUUCCCUUUCUAAACCGCAUGAACUUCUUUUCAUCGUAACCAUCCGUCAUUUUCUAAAUAUAAAAAGAAUAAAUUACGGUACUUAAUAAGCAUUAUUUGCAAACUGUAAAUUCUUCAUUUCACUGUGCCGAUUUUUCUUUAAAUUCACGGUAAGACCGCGAGACAGAAACAUGAAAACAAAACUGCCAUGUCGUACCCAGCAGACUCCGACACACUGGAACACCUUCAUCCGCUGACCACUAAAGUUCAGGUUCUUAUCAAGACAAUUCACUCCAUCAGAACUCAAAAGAAGGUUGAAGAGAUUACCUUUAGAGUCCCGAAAGAGCCGCCUCCCCCGUCACUGCUUCGCCUUAUCGGAAGUAAAAACUCUUUCAAAGAAAUUCUUGACGAAAAAAUGAAGAACGAGGCAUUUCGUACAGAUAUGACGUGGAAAAGGCGCCUUCAGAGAAUGAUGUGUGACGUUAUGGGUCACUCUAUUGUGGAAGUGACUAUUAUGGGAUUCAUUCUCGCCAAUACAGUGGUCCUUGCCGUGGAUCAUCAUCAGAUUGACUCGCAGUUCAAAAAGGUCCUUGACGUGCUUAAUUUGGUAAGGUGCCAUUAUCUGAUUAAUCAAAUCAUAGCUACAGUAAAUAAUGAUAGUUAUUCAAAUUUUGCGAGCUUUUUUUGUUGAAAGGUGUAAUUAAAAAAUGAUAAUGAUAAAAGACCGGAUUUUAAAGAGAGGUAUAGCCUCUUAUACUCAGCGUCAAGGAAUCACGUUUCGCGGUAAUUUAUGUCGAGUGUCACAUGGCCGUAACAUGUCGACGCAAGCGACAUAGCUUAUAGGAGAAGAAAAUGCGUUUGCCUGAUCCUUUCUUUUUCUGAUAAUGAAAUUUGUGCUUUCAGAGAGGAAUCAUAUAUUUAAAUAUAGAACGCUUUUCGAUUGAGUGUCGUAAAGCCAAGACUGAUUAGAGCGGGAAAUCAGAGCAAAAUGAAAAAUAUUAGAGAUAGUCAAUUAGAGCUCAAAGUGAAACAAGCAAACUGUCUAAGGCAAAAAAAAAAAUGUUUUUGACUAAGUCACGAUAUAUUGGUUUUAGUUUUGCACCUGAUGCGUUGAGAGGGAGGUGUCAGUUAAUUUUAGACCAAUUACACAUAGAGCAAACCAAGGAAAAACCAUUACAGUCCCGAAUAUUGUUCUACAAUCAGACGUUUUUUACUCGGACCAAAGUAGAAGAAGCUUGCUCCCGAUGAUGAAGUAACCACUUCGUCUCAUCGCACAGGUUUUUCGAUUUUGGUCGAGCAGAACUGCAUUGCGGUAAUAAAAAGUUCGUCUUGCGUCCUCAGGGUAUAAUCAUGGAUUCAAUUUUUUUCUCUGCAGAUGUUUACCACCAUCUUUACCGUGGAAAUGAUUCUGAAACUUGUUGCGCUGGGUCCAUUGUACUACAUUCAAGGCAAAUGGAACAUAUUUGAUGGUAUCAUUGUCAUCAUCAGCUUAGUGGACACAGGACUUGAGCUAGCGGACUUCAAAGAAUCCUCUGGAACCAGUGUCUUCCGAACAUUUCGCUUGGUAAGACCUCAUUCUUUUAAAAUAUGUCUAUGGAUGUUUCGCCCCAUUGAAAGUUCGCCCCUGCCCGGUUCGCUACCAUUUCGACUUGUUUUUCCUAUUAGAUAUGACUAGUUAUAGUUCUCACUAGAGCUGCCCCCGCCCUACAGUACCAUUUUCUUUUUUUUUUUUUUUGAGUUGGGCUUGUUGUUUACAGUUGUGUAAUUUUUCUGUUAUGCUGUUACGGAAUUGCGGCUCAGUACUUUGGUGUUAGUAAUUUUGGAUCUCAAAAUACUACAAGUGUACAAAAUGUAGUUUUGGGAAGUGCUUGGGGUUUUUUUUUUUUUUUUUUUGUGUGGUUUAACUUAGGAUUUGUUUGUUCUUCACGAUCAAGAAGAAGCAGAAUGUAGGGACUUGGGUGAGUUUUAACAUUGGAAUGUUAUAGGUGGCAUUGGAGAACAAUUUAUAGACAGCAUUGAAGAACAAUUUAUUAUUAUAUAGUUAUUAGACACAAAAUUAUACCUUAAAAGGGCCUACAUUCUCUCUUCUCCAGCCUUCCUCUAUACUAGGACAAAUCUCGUGUCAAAGACGCCGAUCCUAAAAGUCCUCGCGCGCGUGUCUUUUUACUGGCAGCCCAUGACCAUUUGCGGGAAAAACGUUAAUACCUUGCGGCCGUGUAAGCGAUCAAAUCGAGAUUUUUUCUGGUUAUGAUCUACCGAAAAUACCCACAUUCUCUCUUCUCCAGUCUUCCUCUAUAUUACACGGGGAGUCCUAAGGUGCCUCCUCGGGUUUUUGGCCCUCUGGGGCCAAAAACCCUGCGGGGGCAACAAGUUCACCCCUAUUUCUGCCAGUCCUCUCCAAGUUUCCAAGUGCAAUCUCUUUUCUAACCAAAUUAUAGUAAAUUCAGGCGAAUUUCUUGCUCUAACCAUAAAACUUGACUGUAAAAACAUGCGGAGUCGCUUCGCUUCAGUAUUGGAUCAAUUAAUUAUCCCCAAAUUGAUAUUUUUCUUUAUUCUCAACACAUAUCUGGUUGAUAUUAUAUUGACAUGGUAAGGAGAACUUCUGUUUUGGUCAUUCAUUGGAGUACGUUAAAGGGUUAAAUUAUUUUCUCAGAAAAGGUGGUUCAACAUUUUCCCUUCUCGCUUUCUCCUCCUCAAAUACAUACAGUUUAGAAUCUUAAAACUGGCGCAGUCCUGGGAGACGAUGCGAAGACUUUUGUCUACAAUAUCCAACAGCGUUGGACCAAUCGGCAACAUCACCCUCAUCCUGGGUCUUGUGAUUUACAUCUUUGCCCUGAUGGGAAUGAAGAUGUUUGGUAAAUCAUACACACCGGACAAGUUUGGAGAGGACGGUGUGCCACGAUGGAACUUCAACGACUUCUGGCACGCUUUCAUGAUGGUGUUCAGAGUCCUGUGUGGGGAAUGGAUCGAACCCUUGUGGGAUUGCAUGAGAGCAACCAGCCCUGCUGCUGCCAUUCCCUUCUUCAUUCCAGCUUUUGUCAUCGGCAAUUUUAUUGUGAGUUGAAUCACUCCAUAGAACUGCAUGUUGUACGUAAUGCUUUAAACUGUGUUGCGAUAUAUCAUCAUAGACCUUCAUCUUUUAAGCAAAUAGGAAUAAAUGUAAGUCUGAACUGGAAUUGUAUUCCAUCCUGGGGGAAAGCCGCACUUCAAGUAACUUCAUGGUACGGAAACAUGGAUAAGCUUUAGUUGGAUGAGCCACAAGUCGAAUGCUGACCUGAUCUUUAAUUAGAGCAAACCAGUCGAGCUUUUAAUGCUUUUUAGUCAGUCUUAAUUUCUAGAUAUUAAAGUUUAUAAGAGGAAUCCUAAUCACUAAUUUUGCUUCCAUGUAGGUUCUCAAUCUAUUUCUAGCCCUGCUCCUUAACGCUUUUGACAGCGGUGAUGAAGAAGAGGAAGAAGGUGCGAACGAUGAUGAUGACGAAGAGGACGUAUUCAAAAAGUUCCUAAGGAAGCUAACGAAAACCAGGAAGAUUCCGGUGUUCCCCGUCUCUGAUCAUCGAUCGGGUGAUGGAAGCUGCAAUUCCUCUCAAGAAAUACAAGCCUUUGGCAGGGAGAAAGAUAAUAGAAAUGUAAGGAAGUUUAGCCAGGGAAGGGAAUACUCGACCGUAGGUAAGUCAGUGAAGUGCUUCUCAGAAUGACUUUUAUCAAAAUUGGACUUACGGAAGAAAAAUUAUCUUUUUAUGAAAGAUCUAAAUGAAGUCAGUUUCUGCCUGUUGGGAUAUUUCAUUGAAUGCAGCUAUCCUAUAAGGAUCAUUCCGUUAUUUUUAUCAUCCGCAAGCUAAAUUUUAUCACUUAAUUGCAAUCAGGUUUCUUAGGGAGAAGAAAAAGCACUAGACUUUGGCUCUUUACUCGCUUCUGGAGUUGUAGCUCAGUUAUUAACAGCGCGUAACUAGUAUCAGGGAGGUAUAGGUUCGAAUUGUGUCGUUGCCAACAUCUUUUCAGGGCUUCUUUUCCUUCACUUUUUUUCAAAUUCAGGUCAACUGUGAGAAUCAUUUCGCUUCUUGUCUCUUAGAAAAAUCAUUGCUUUUGUCGUUACAAAUGGUCACUAAAAUGACUUGUUUUAGAAAUCAAAAUGAAAUUACUUUACCUCAACACCUCUUUCAGCUAAUAUCAUUCCUGGUGUAACUUCAAGCCCAAACCGCCAAGGAAAGUCACCAGUACAACCAGCCGAAGUUGACGACUGUUUCCCAGAGUUCUGUAUGUCACCUUUGACUAGUUGCGCCUGCUGCAAGAAUAUUACGUGCAACAACUGGCUGUUGUUUCGCUGGCGCACACGGACACUUGUGGAACACAGAUACUUUGAAUGGUUUAUUCUAUUCACAGUGCUUAUAAGCAGUUUGGUUCUGGUGAGGGUUUAUCUCCGCUCCUUUUAUUAUAAAUCCUUUUACAAACUCCCUAGAUAUGAUUUUUAAUUCUCUCCCUUAGCAGCUACACACUUCUCUAUAAAUUAGUUACGAGAAUUUGAUGCAGGAUCAAGAUAACAAAUACCUGGCACGUUUGACUACUCUCGUCCAAGGAGAGUAGCAAUUUUACCGGUCACUUUAUACAACGGAAACUAGCCACUGGCCUCGACAGCUCAGCUUGACUUAGGCUUUUUUUUACCUAUGUGUUACAUGGAAAUUGUUUCCUCAAGGUGUUUGAGGAUGUGUACCUUCCAAGCAAGCCUACGCUACAAAAAGCUCUGGAAAACUUGAAUUACUUCUUUGCGUUCAUCUUCGCCUUGGAGUUUGUCCUAAAACUUAUAGGAUUGGGCUUGGUUGGAUAUUUCUCCUCGUUUUGGAAUUGCCUUGAUUCGUUAAUAGUCGCGGUAAGUCUUUUAGAGGAAGUUAGUCUUCAUAUUCUCCCUCCUCUCUCUAUUUCAAACAUGGCGUUUCGGUGAAGGAUCACAAGCCUGUAAAGCUCUCCCUAAUAAUACACUUGUACUUCAAACUUAUAUGUGCAAGACUCUUCGCAUAAAGGCAUUCACUUGUCAUAACCCGUAAAUUUAUAAGGCCACCACGCCAACGUUGACUAUUAAACCAGCUUUAAGAUAAUACUCAAGUUGCUAUUUAGACCCCUAAAAUUCCUCUCAGUCGACAUAAUAGGAAUCAAAUUAAGAUCUGGGUGCGAGAUAUGGUGAAGCUUUCAAUUCUUUCAUGUUAGUCUUACUUUGAAUUAAAUUCCACUCUCUUCGUGCUUUUCGCUGUCACGUUUUGUUUUUUAUUGCUAUUUUUUUGUCUUCGUCAAGAUUUCACUGGUGUGUGUGUUUGAAGAUCAAACUUUGGCAUCUUUGCGCUCUCUGAGGACAGUGAGAGCUUUGAGGCCAUUGAGAGCAGUUUCACGUCUGGAAGGGAUGAAGGUAAAGAAAACCCAAACUAAAAUCUUACAAAUUUUCCAUCACAACGAGAAGGAUCAAAAUCAAAUUGAGGAAUAGUUUGAUUAAAAGUAAUGGACGAAUGACACAUGGGUUGACAAGAUGCUGUUUUUUUUCGCGUUUUCCAGACGUGCGCGAGGGGUACCCGAUCUCCUCUCUUUGCGCAUGUCUCGGCACUCCCUGUCGCCUCGCGUUUGCUUCUGUUUGCCUAAAGAAAAUAUCCGAGCAAACCCAGGACAGCAAAAGAAGUAGUUCAGUUUACAUUUUUCACCCAUAAAAAAUGUAUAGAUGUCCCUGACUCCUUUUUCAAUAUUUUUUCUAACCAGGUCGUCGUAAAUGCUCUCUUUUCUGCCAUACCUGGAAUAGCCAAUGUGCUGUUGGUUUCCCUGUUAUUCUGGCUGAUCUUCAGUAUCUUAGGAGUCCAGCUUUUCGCCGGGAAGUUCUAUAAAUGCAUAGAUAUGGAUGGCGAGCGCGUAUCAGCAGAAUUAGUGCCUAACAAAUCCACGUGCCUGAAGUAUCCUGAGAAAUAUCGAUGGAUGAACUCAAAUGUGAACUUCGAUAAUGUCAUCAACGGCUUUCUCGCCUUGUUCCAAGUUGUGAGUAUUUCUCUCGUAGGCUAUUCGACGCUUUAAUGUCAAUGACAAUAUCAUAAGUCACACCAUUGCAGUGCCUUCAAGAACAUUUCACUGAAGGUUUCGUUAAACCAAAACCUCAGUAAUCAAAACUUUCUAAUCAGAACAAUGUCGAUAUCACACAGGGCCAAUGGGAUCUAAAGAAGUUGUGAGUAUUUCGCUUGAAGGCUAUUCUACGCUUUAUUAUCAAUGAAAAUAUCGUAAGCCACGCCAUUCCAUACCAAUCAGUACCUUCAACAACAUUUCGCUGAAAGUUUCGUUACACCAAAACCUCAGCAGUCAAAACUUUUAAACAGAACAAGGUCGAUAUCACACAGGGCCAAUAAGAUCUCAAAAAGAUGUGAAUAUUCCGCUUGAAGGCUAUUCCACGCUUUAAUACCAAUGACAAUAUCACACUAUUUCUCUGCCUUCGAGAACAUUUCGCUGAAGGUUUAGUAAAACCAAAACCUUCGUAACCAAGACUUAUAAUCAGAACAAAGGUCGAUAUCACACAGGACCAAUGGGAUCUCAAAAUGAAAACAAGAGAGGUUUCUAAGACGUUCUAAAACGUAAAUGCUAAGAUAGUUUUUAAUAAAUGAUUGUCAGCCCUCUGUUUUCAAAUGAAAAGGCUUAGCGCGUAUAAAAUUUCAAUAACUUAAGUCAUGAGUACAUUUGAUGAUGAAUAUAUUCUACAGCAUCUUUUUUCAAUACAGGCAACAUUUGAAGGGUGGAUGGAACUUAUGGAUGAUGCAGUGGAUUCAAAAGAGGUUUUUUUUUCAAAUUUACUCAUUAAUAUACAAACUCUUAAAUAUCAGAAUUUACAACAGGAAAAGACUAAAUAUGACAAAGAGAGUAUGCACAUAAAUGUAAAAAUUAUGACGUCAGAAAAAGCAUUAAGUUGUAUGUUUCUGCUGAGGAUUUGAAAUAAUCUGCUCAUCUUAUUUUGUCUGCGAGUGAGAUCUCCUUUAAAAGUUUUAAAGGAGAGACUUCAAGCCUAAAAGAGGAACUUAAUGAAGUUCUUGUGCAGAUACUCUUGCCCACGGAGUUUUCCCCAAGACCAGGAGACUAUUUAAAAAAAACUGUUACAUUGUGGCCCUUUGAGAGGAUAACUUUGUUCUCUUCCAUGAUUGUUCUGAUCAGCACUACAUAAUUGGGAAAGGGUUGUACUAUUUCAAUUCUGCUGGACCUUACACAUGCUGGAGGUGAACUCGGUUAUAGAAAAUAUGGCCGAGUUGAGCAUCUUUCUCCCACGUCGGUUUUCAAGGGCUUCUCCCACGUAGGUUUUCAAAGUAGAAUUUAUUUGUUUUGAGUUUUCGGGGACAGUUUGCGCAAAAUGUUUGCAAGACAAUUCAACUGCUCUCCCUGUUUUUUGUGUUCCUUUCAGGUAGAUGAACAACCUGCAGACGAGAGUUACCUCGGUGCUUACAUUUACUUCGUUAUUUUCAUCGUUAUGGGUGCUUUCUUUGUGCUCAACUUGUUUGUUGGAGUCAUAAUUGACAACUUCAACAGUUUGAAGAGAAGAGUAAGUACUUCUUGGUGAAUAAAGCAGCUUCAGAAUCAUAAAACACUCCUGUUGUCUCUCUAUUGUCCACCAGUUUACCAUUUCAGUUGUAACACAUUUGCAAAAUUCUGUAAACUGCUUUUAUCGAAAAUCACAGCGGGAUUCUAUUUGCAUCAUAUUUAGAAAUGAUUUACCGUACUUUUUUUCCUGGAAUGUGCGCCGCCAGCCUCGAAUAAACGCCGUAUCGGUAGCCAUGAUAGUUAAAUAUUCGCCGGCCUCUUGAUCAAAUAAACAUAUUUGGUGACCGGCUCCCAUUUCAAUUCGCAUCAAUUUUACUAAAUCUUGACUUUGGCGUUUUAGUACGAUGAGCUGAGUUAUAUGGGGAUGCUACUGACUGACGCCCAAAGGAAGUGGGUGGACAUAUUAAAGGAAUCUGCAAAAAGAAAACCACCAGACAACUCAAUCAAACCACAGGUUUGUACUCAUUUCUGUAUCAUAAUAACACCGCGCCAGAGUGAUCCUUUUCCGAGACUUGGUUGACACACAGGUGUUAACCCUUUGCUCAGUGAAAGACUGAGUUACUUGUAAUACCGUAGCAAGCAAUAUUAGAUUUGUCAUCAGGUUAAUGGAGCUAUAGGAGUGGAAAACCCGGAUCUUCUUUUAAAAAAGGUUACAGCCAAGAGCUUUCAAUACGUAUAAAAACCAUACCUUAUUUUAGUGGUAUAAAAUUUUUUAGGUUGUAUUCCACAUCUAGGAGAAGUUUGAAAAAUUAGUUUUUCUUUUCUUUGUUUACAGUCAUUAAUUUAAUGGGUACUUCAAGAUUAACAAUGUCCAAAUCUAAUUUUUUAGAACUUAAACUCAUUAUCAAUUUUCCCUCGGCGUAAAGCAUUUUCAACGAACGUAAUCAGCUAACUUCUAAAGUGCGAUGUGAUAACACAUCACUGUGCUUUUUAUUACAGAACAAGGUUCUACAACUUCUGUAUGACCUGGUUACCAGUAAAGUCUUUGAGAUGGGAAUACUGGGGAUGAUUAUGUUGAAUAUGUCCGUUAUGAUGUGGCAACACUAUGGCCAAUCGGAAGCGAUGACAAGUGCACUUCAUAUCCUUUUUGAAUGAGAAAAUAAAGUGUUUUACUGCCCCUGAAAAUUGGUAAAAUACCACAAUCAAGGCUGAACAAUUGCAUUUAGAUUUUAAUUUUUUUUCUUUAUCUCAUUUUAAUGACAACCGAAUAUCAAGACUAUAAUAUCCCAGAAAAAUUAAUAAACAUCAAUAGAAAUGGGUGGAAGGGAAACCUUCAUCAAACAUUACAAAAACUGUUUGUCGACAUUUAAAAAUUAACAACGAGUUAAGAUGAUGAUAUUCCUUAAUAAAGCCUGUGACAUCGCGUCCGGGAAACACAAGUGUUCAAUUGGAUAUUUACAGCGGUCUUCAUCUUGGAAGCUGCGAUGAAACUUGUUGCAUUACGCCAGUAUUAUUUUACCAAGGCCUGGAACAUCUUUGAUUUCUUCAUUGUAAUUGCUUCAAUUAUUGGUAAGUAACAGAGUAAAAGGUUCUAAAGUGGUAAAGUACCUUCCAUUAGGGAUGCAGGAAAUAGCAUUGUAUCUUUGCCAGUAUAAAACAGUACUGAAACGAGGCGAGUCAACGAUAAGGAUCUAACUACAAUUCCGUACAUAUAGAUAUUAGUUUCUUCAUUUGCAGUGGUUCCUUAGAAGUGUAUUUAGAAUUUCGUGCUACUUCAGCGGUAGCUACUUGUACCCUUUCUUUUCGGAUUUUCGUUCUGGAGUGAAGUAAAAAAUUUAAAAGCUUUUUAUUCUUCUCGCUUUGUUUUAUUUAGUUAUCAUUCACACAUUUAUUUUCUGAAAUACAAAGUGCUUAUGUAAAUUGUUUUUUCACCUUAUCACACGAUUGGCGAUGGAAGAACUAACCACAGGAAACAUCAGAUUUAUGAAUCCAGGUCUCCUCCGAGUCCUUCGCGUUGCAAGAGUAGCUAGAUUACUAAGGAUCUUGCAGUUCGCAAAAGGAAUCCGUCAGCUUCUCGUAGCGUUGAUAAUUUCGUUACCAGCCCUCCUAAAUGUCGGCACACUGCUCUUCUUGGUCAUUUUUAUAUACGCCAUCAUUGGGAUGUCAACGUUUGGCCACGUAAAGAAACAAAAGAACCUGGACGAUACGGUAAACUUCGAGACUUUUGGCCGGUCUAUGAUGCUGUUAUUUCGUUUGUCUACGGGAGCAGGCUGGAACGACAUUCUGGAAUCUCUAAUGUUUCGUGAACCCGAUUGCGAUCCAGACUAUGGGGGAUUCCCGAAUGGUAACUGUGGAUAUCCCGUGGGGGCAGUCAUUUACCUUGUAUCAUACAUUUUCAUAGUUUUCCUCAUCAUUGUAAACAUGUACAUUGCUAUAAUCCUAGAGAAUGUAAACAGAGCUCAAGAAGGAGGGCUUGUCAUCAAAAAGGAAGAUCUAGAUAGCUAUUAUGAAAAGUGGGCAUCGUUUGUGACCGAUGGAAAACAGUAUCUUCUCGUUGAUCAAGUGUCGGACUUCGUAGCUCACCUUAACGAGCCUUUCAAAAUUCCAAAGCCAAACGAACAAGAGCUUGUUAGAAUGGGAAUCAACGUUCGGAUGGGGUAUCGGGUUCAGUGCUUCGAUCUCCUUCGAUGCUUAGUCAAGCGUCUUUUGGAGCAGAAAGGCGAAUCACCACUUGCCUUUGAGCAAAUAGCAUCCAAGUUAGAAACACAUUUUAGAAGGCGGGGAGUCAGAAAGAAAUCACGCAUCAGCAAAUCUCGCUCAACUUCUAAUGAAAUAUCUAGUGAAGAAUUUGCUACUGUGUCCUUAACUGAUGAAACUUUAAAGGAAGAUGGUUCGAUUCCUGCUAUCACAGCAGCUGAGAACAGCAGCGUUUUGGAAAAAAGUGCUUCUUCUCCUAAAAACACGACUCCUCCUCGUACAAAAUACCGGGAUCCAAUUUCUACAGCUUUGAUGUUUCAAAGCGCCAUUAAGCGCUUCUUGGACAAGCGCCGUACACGUGGGACAGUAACGUUUCCGAUGACAAAUGGUUUCUCCAGUGAGAGUGUACCGAGAUGUUCUUGCAGUCCAUUAUCUUCGAUUUCCAGCGAUCAGGAAGUGGGCGAUUUCAUGUUCGGCCUUGAACUAACUCCCGGAAGUAGAUCUCAAAUUUCUUUUGACAGUGCACAUGGCAGUAACUCGCCAGGAUGCUUAUCAUACGACCCAUUUGACUCAGAUGGCGACAGCGUCUGA